AUCAUUUCCAGUUAGAGUUCAGAAAGAUUAACAGAAGGCAUGGGCAAAGAGACUUCCUCCUCCGGCAACGACCACUCCACGGCGGAGAACGGCGGCUUCAAGCUGGUAGGUUUCAAGGAUUUCGUUCGUGUUAAUCCCAAAUCCGACCACUUCGCCGUGAAACGCUUCCACCACGUGGAGUUCUGGUGCGGCGAUGCUACUAACACUGCUCGCCGCUUCUCCUGGGCGCUAGGAAUGCCCAUUGCCGCGAAAUCCGAUCUUUCCACCGGAAACUCCGCUCACGCGUCGUAUCUCCUACGCGCUUGCGGCGGCGAGCUUCAGUUCCUCUUCACAGCUCCCUAUGCGUCCUCCAUUUGUAAUUCCGCCUCCGCCGCCAUCCCCUCCUUCUCCGCCGACGCCCACCGCGCCUUCGCCGCCACACACGGGCUCGCCGUCCGCGCGGUCGCGCUGGUAGUUGAGGACACGCGGGCUGCGUUCUCCGCCAGCGUCUCCCGCGGCGCAAAACCCGUGUCGGAGCCCGUUACACUCAACAACCAAGUCGUACUCGCCGAAGUUCACCUCUACGGCGACGUCGUGCUCCGAUUCGUUAGCUAUCUCUCCGACGCCUCCGCCGUCACAUUCCUACCGGGCUUCGAAGCCAUGGACGGAACCGCAUCCUUCCAAGACCUCGAUUACGGAAUCCGCCGCCUCGACCACGCCGUCGGAAACGUCCACGAGCUCGCCCCCGCCGUCGAUUACCUAAAAUCCUUCACCGGCUUCCACGAGUUCGCCGAAUUCACCGCGGAAGACGUCGGCACCGCCGAGAGCGGCCUGAACUCUGUCGUGCUGGCUAACAACGACGAGACGGUUCUUCUCCCCUUGAACGAACCGGUUUACGGGACGAAAAGGAAGAGCCAAAUUCAGACCUAUCUGGAGCACAACGAAGGACCUGGACUCCAGCAUUUAGCUCUUACAAGCGAAGAUAUCUUCAGAACACUGCGAGAAAUGAGGAAGAGGAGCGGAAUCGGAGGUUUCGAGUUCAUGCCGUCGCCGCCGCCGACGUACUACAAGAAUUUAAAGAGCAGAGCCGGCGAUGUUCUGAACGAUGAACAAAUUAAGGAGUGUGAAGAAUUGGGGAUUUUAGUGGAUAGAGAUGACCAGGGAACUCUGCUUCAAAUCUUCACCAAGCCUGUUGGAGACAGGCCGACAAUGUUUAUAGAAAUAAUCCAGAGAGUCGGGUGCAUGAUGAAGAAGGAAGAUGGACAGCUCUAUCAGAAGGGCGGGUGUGGCGGUUUUGGCAAGGGCAACUUCUCCGAACUUUUCAAAUCUAUCGAGGAAUACGAGAAGAUGCUUGAAGCUAAACAAGCUACUCGUGCAGGAGAAGUUUCCAGUUCUACUAUGAUUUAUGAAUGUGACUCAGUGAUCCAUUAGAUCAAUCUUCAUCUUCUCUAUUUGCAGAUGGCCUUGAACUUCUAAACAAUCUUCAUCUUUUCAGCACUGAUCGCACAAAUCCCUCUAAGAGUAUUCAUCUUCUCCCGUGCAAUCUUCAUCUUCUCCAUUUGUAGAUGGCAUUGAACUUCAAAGCAAUCUUCAUCCCGUGCAA